CAAUUUUUUCCUUUUCCUCUCUCCUACGUUGUUCAUCUGAACAUGACUGAUGCUGUUGAAUUGUAGGGUUUUAGAUAGAGACUUUCCAUUGACUCAUCUAGCUUUUCUCACUGCAUCAAACUACAAAACCAAAACCUGAUUUUUUUCUCAUUCCUUUUAUAGCUUGAAAACAAAUCCCCAGAUCUUCUCUAACCAUUGCUCCCUCCACCUUCAUGUGAUCGGUUCUUUAUGGCAAAACCAAGUUUAGCUGAUAGUAGGACUAGAAGAUCUGUGCAGAUCUUUAUAGUAGCUGGUUUGUGUUGUUUCUUCUACAUAUUAGGCUCUUGGCAGCAAACUGGUUUUGGAAAGGGAGAUGGUUUAGCUUUGGAGAUUACUAAGAAAGGUGUUGAGUGUGAUAUAGUUCCGAAAUUAAAUUUUGAUUCUCACCAUGGUGGAGAAGUUAGCAAAAUUGAUGGGGUUGAUUCAAAGCCUAAGGUAUUUAAACCUUGUAAAGCUAGGUAUACUGAUUACACACCAUGCCAUGAUCAAAAGCGAGCCAUGACUUUUUCUAGAGAUAAUAUGAUUUAUCGAGAGAGGCAUUGCCCACGUGAGGAAGAGAAGUUGCACUGUUUGAUCCCGGCACCGAAAGGGUAUGUAACACCGUUUCCAUGGCCGAAGAGCCGCGAUUAUGUUCCGUAUGCGAAUGCACCGUACAAGAGUCUUACAGUUGAGAAGGCUAUUCAGAACUGGAUUCAAUAUGAGGGAAAUGUGUUUAGGUUCCCUGGUGGUGGAACGCAAUUCCCUCAAGGGGCUGACAAAUAUAUUGAUCAAAUUGCUUCUGUGAUACCGAUAGAGAAUGGAACAGUCAGGACAGCAUUGGACACUGGUUGUGGGGUUGCCAGUUUGGGGGCAUAUCUUUGGAGCAGAAAUGUUAUUGCCAUGUCAUUUGCGCCAAGAGAUUCUCACGAAGCACAAGUACAAUUUGCCCUUGAAAGGGGUGUACCUGCCGUUAUUGGUGUCUUUGGAACCAUAAAACUGCCUUAUCCCUCUGCAGCCUUUGAUAUGGCGCAUUGUUCUCGUUGCUUAAUUCCUUGGGGAGCAAAUGGUGGAAUUUAUAUGAUGGAAGUUGACCGAGUUCUAAAACCUGGUGGUUAUUGGGUCCUUUCGGGACCUCCAAUCCAUUGGAAGGUUCAUUACAAAGCCUGGCAAAGACCUAAGGAGGAUCUUGAGGAAGAACAAAGAAAGAUUGAAGAGGUUGCUAAGCUCCUUUGCUGGGAGAAGAAAACUGAGGCACAUGAAAUAGCUGUCUGGCAGAAAACUGUUGACACUAAGACAUGUCGAAGUCGACAAGAAGAUGAUGGUGUAAAAUUCUGCGAAUCAAAAGAUGCUGAUGAUGCUUGGAAUAAGAAAAUGGAGGCAUGUGUUACUCCUAAUGGUAAAGUCCACGGAGAUCUUAAGCCUUUUCCACAAAGACUUUACGCCGUGCCUCCUAAAAUUGCCAGUGGCUCUGUUCCUGGAAUUUCUGCCGAGACGUAUCAAGAUGAUAACAAAAAGUGGAAAAAACAUGUAACUGCUUACAAGAAAAUAAACAAACUCUUGGACUCGGGAAGGUAUCGCAAUAUCCUGGAUAUGAAUGCUGGUUUGGGUAGUUUCGCUGCUGCGAUUCAAUCUCCUAAGCUAUGGGUCAUGAACGUUGUUCCUACUAUAGCUGACAAACAUACUCUCGGUGUUAUAUAUCAGCGAGGACUUAUAGGCAUUUAUCAUGAUUGGUGUGAAGCUUUCUCUACAUAUCCGAGGACUUAUGACCUCAUUCAUAGCAAUGGUCUCUUUAGUCAGUACAAAGACAAAUGUAACAUAGAAGACAUUCUUCUGGAGAUGGACCGCAUUUUACGACCAGAAGGUGCUGUGAUAUUCCGCGAUGAAGUCGAUAUCUUAAUCAAGGUAAAGAAAAUUGUCGGAGGAAUGAGAUGGGAUACUAAAUUGGUUGACCAUGAGGAUGGUCCACUUGUUCCAGAAAAGAUACUAGUUGCUGUUAAGCAGUAUUGGGUUGCCGAUACAAAUACCACAUCAACGCAGUAGCCACUCAAAGACAAAUUCGAAGGCUUGUCCUAAGGUUACUAGUGCCUUUCUCGAUGCAACCCUAAUAGAGUUCAUAUAGUUUUGUCAUAUGAGCGCGUUGGCUUGAUAAUCAUCGCACCUGUUGUAUAAGGAGGGCUGAUCUACGUAGCAACAACAUUUUAGAUUGAAAGUACGGUUGGUGUUCGACACUGCACAUGCUGUGGCUAUGUAAUAAUGCAAUAUAGGGGUGCGUAUGUAUUAGUGCAAUAUAGGGGCUGAUAAGUUAUGCUUAAUUGUCAAUUGUCCCUUUGCUUGAGGUUUAUGGUAUUAUCCUUUUUUCUCCUCAGAAUUUAGUUAUCUUGUUAUAGGAUGUAACAUUCAAAAGUAAAGCAAACACUGGCUUUUUAAGUUGAAGCCUCUCUACUGAUCUAUGUAGUUGUCCAUGUUUUGUAAUCUUACAAUGUGUAUCUUCCUGCCUAGAA